AAAAGCUGCAAGAUGGAAGAUGCGCAUGAGCACCUGGCCCGCGCUCGUCGAGAGCGCGACCAGCUCCAGGUCCAAAUCGACAAAUUGCCUGAUGGUAUCGUCAAGACGCACAUGUUGGGGGCACUGGCAGCCUUGGACGCUGAGCUCUCGUCCGUUGCCCCGAGCGCGAGCAACGAUGAAGACGCACUGGUUUUCCGCAUGAAGAACCAUGCGGUGAUGGUCAAACAACCUCAGGAUGCCUUGGUGGCGAUGGUGCACUUCAUGAUGCAAGAAUCGGGUUUUGUCCAUACCGCCAACACGGGAAACGACACGUCGCUGUUUCUUCCCCCGCAUUGGGACAAGAAUUCCGACCAAGGUAUCUUUGUGUUUGAGUACACCCACCCGAACAGCGCAGCGACAAAGUAUACGCUUAAGGCCCUCUAUGUCGGCCGUCGCACCUUGGCUAUUCAUAUCGCAGCAAACGACGACGUGGUGCAUUCUCUCGAACUCGACGCAUCCAUGUACGUUCGAGACACAACGUCCUCGCUGGCAGGAGAUGCUGUGCAGCAAUCGGGGCAAUUGCGACGACUCUGGUCCACGUUUAGCUCUGCCUUUCGGCCGUCAGCGCCUUCUGGCGACGCAGGCACACAUGUUCCGAGUGGUCCACACCCCGGCUCCCUUCGGCUGGAUCGUCCUGCGCCUGCCCCACCACUCUACCCCAACGUUGGUGGUGGCGAUGCGUUUCCUGAGUUUUUGGGCCCACCGCCGCAUCCCAACCUUGGCCGCCGUGAUCCUGGCAUGCAAGUUGGCCCGGACCAUCCCUUGUUUAGUGGACGGUUAGGAGGCAGUCCAUUUGGACCGGUGCCAGGGGCCCGAUUCGACCCCUACGGCCCAGUGGGGCCUUCCAACUUGUUCCGCCCUCAGCCUGGCCGCGAACCCCGUGGCCCCCCAUUGUUUGGAGGACCAGACAACGACCACCUUCCGAUGCCUGGCUUUCCACGCCACGAUGACAUGUUUUCGUAACGCAGCUCCGUCGGUUGAUUCAUUGCCAAGACGUGCGUUGGAGAAGAGAGUCGUUCGUUAAGAUUGCAUGGGGCGUUUGAUCAACUCCCUGCUCUAGUGUGUUCAUUUCGAUGCUACGGUCCAUGCAUCGUGGCGCGGGCAUGGCCGGGUUUUCUUGAAAACUCGAUUUUUUUUUGUUGGUGCCGGGCGAGUGUCACAAGCUUCCAGUUGGAUUUUUCUCCGACACGACGCUGCUGACUGCGGGAUGGAGACCAUCUCGUGGCAGCCGGGGACACCGAUGGCUUUGCCAAACCCGUCGCCGUGCUCUCGACAAAGGAAGACGCAGGCAAGGGUUGAAGGCAUCAUCGCUCGGCUUGCCAAACAAGCAGCUACUUUGAAGUUCGUCUCAUGUCUUUGUGCCGUCCUGGCUGCUCAAACGGUUGGAAGAAUUGCUUUGCCGACGGGGGUUUGGAAGCGAGGUGGACGACGACGCAGUUGAUUUGCGAGUCGUUUUUGCAAGCGGCCCAACGAAACACAUGUAGCGCAAACACUACAACUCGAUGGCUUAACGAGUCA